UGACGCAUGCGCAGCGCGGAGGGGCCUGCGUUCUGUUGCCGCGGCUCCGGGGUGUCCCUUGGAGAAGGAGGAGAGAGUCGCGUGGGGAAGGAGGACGGUCGGCCCCGGCCCGCCUGAGGGGCAAGAUGAGUUUGUUUGGGUCAACAUCAGGGUUUGGAACUGGAGGUACCAGCAUGUUUGGCAGCACAGCCACAGAUAAUCACAACCCUAUGAAGGAUAUUGAAGUUACUUCACCACCUGAUGACAGCAUAGGCUGUUUAGCUUUCAGCCCACCAACAUUGCCGGGGAAUUUCCUUAUUGCAGGAUCAUGGGCAAAUGAUGUUCGUUGUUGGGAAGUCCAGGAUAAUGGGCAGACAAUUCCAAAAGCACAACAAAUGCACACAGGACCUGUGCUAGACGUUUGCUGGAGUGACGAUGGGAGUAAAGUGUUUACAGCAUCUUGUGAUAAAACUGCCAAAAUGUGGGAUCUCAACAGCAACCAGGCAAUACAAAUUGCACAGCAUGAAGCUCCUGUAAAGACUGUCCAUUGGAUUAAAGCACCAAAUUAUAGCUGUGUGAUGACUGGAAGCUGGGAUAAAACUCUGAAGUUCUGGGAUACACGAUCACCCACACCAAUGAUGACCCUGCAGUUGCCUGAGCGGUGCUACUGUGCUGAUGUAGUAUACCCCAUGGCUGUUGUAGCUACUGCAGAGAGAGGCUUGAUAGUUUAUCAGUUAGAGAAUCAGCCUUCUGAAUUUCGAAGAAUAGACUCUCCACUUAAGCAUCAGCAUCGCUGUGUUGCUAUCUUUAAAGACAAAGUGAACAAGCCAACAGGGUUUGCCCUUGGAAGCAUCGAAGGAAGAGUAGCCAUUCAUUACAUUAACCCACCAAAUCCUGCCAAAGACAACUUCACCUUCAAAUGUCAUCGUUCCAAUGGCACAAACACAUCUGCACCUCAGGAUAUCUAUGCUGUUAAUGGGAUCGCCUUUCAUCCUGCCCACGGCACCCUUGCAACCGUAGGAUCUGAUGGCAGAUUCAGCUUUUGGGAUAAAGAUGCACGGACAAAGCUAAAAACCUCAGAACAGCUGGACCAGCCAAUAUCUGCUUGCUCCUUCAACCACAACGGCAAUAUAUUUGCAUAUGCAUCUAGUUACGAUUGGUCAAAGGGGCAUGAAUUCUAUAAUCCGCAAAAGAAGAACUAUAUAUUUCUGCGCAAUGCUGCCGAAGAGUUAAAACCCAGAAAUAAGAAGUAUUAAAUCUUGUGGAGGUCAGAAGUCUAGCAGGUACCACAGGAAUUUCAACUGAGGAAGGUGUCUCUCUACCCAGAAGUUAGCUAGCCUUGCUUGCCAGUUGGGCUUCUUCCUUGUGUCAUCUUACCUGUAGCAACCAAAAUGCUUAAACUAUACUGCUGUUUUUUCUUCUUCUUCUCCUCCUAAACCUUUUUAUCUAUGUUUUUGUUCUGUGGGAACUACCCCUGGUUUUCCUUAAACUCUCCUCCUAUGGGUUGACCUAUGUCAACAUUUCUACCCACUUACACCAAGGGCGUAUUUUUUAUUUAUUUUUAGUAAACUUGCAUAGGAUUGCACAGUAUUGGCACAUGAUACUACUAGCAGGUGUUUUAAACUGAGUUAUAGAACAUUAACAGGCAGACAAGCACCUGUAGCUUAAAAAUGUGUACCCAAAGGUUCACAUAGCUGAACAACAGGUGCAAAAUUGUAUCACCUGCCUUCUCCAUCCUUGCCAAGAACAAAGCAGUCUCCAGUUCAUUUCCCUAGUUCUGUAAUUUCCAGGGCACCUUGAAAAGUUCACUGAAGGCUUAGCAAGGGACUUCCUUCCAUGAUCAGUAAAGGUGUAAAAGCAUCCUUGUUCCUGACAUAGUCUGAGGGUGCAUGAUGGUCCCGUUCUGGUCAGUGCCUGCAUGGAUAGGAGACUGCUUGAGAACUUCAAGUGCGUCACCUUGAGUUUCUUGAUGGGAAAAAUGUGCGAUGUAAAUACAGUACAUGUAUGUUAAAGAGAUGAACAAUGGUCUGCCCAAGACUACUGCUGUUCCCCUGCAAUGUGCAUGUAGAAACAUCUGUAUUGCAUAAUGAACUUUUAAUAUGAUGGUGAGGAUCAAUGGCUCCAGCAAGCACCCUGCAUGAAGGGUGGGGGGAUGCUGUAAGAAAGCAGUUCUUCCUCAGCAAGUUAGUUAAUCUGAAGAAGGCUCCCUACUUGCAGAAUCCUUGGAGGCUUGCCACCCCUGGUGUCUCCCUCUUCCCCUACCCCUCCCUUGGCCAAAAAGAUCCAUUUUCUGUAGCAAUACAUUCCUGCAUCUUCACUGCUCUGCCUUAAGGUCUGCUGUGUGCGACCACCCUCUACGCCAGUCACAAUAAGAACCGGCCAUGACAAAAGACACCGAAGCCGAAUCCUAGCUUUUUCUAAUGUGUAUUGGUUUAGUUUAUGCCUGAGGGAAAGCCUCUGGCGUUCCCUUCCUUUCAUCAUUCAGGCCUUGCUUCUCACCAUAAAUUGGCUUAUUGCAAGGAGAAAGGGGGAAAUAAUUUUGUUCAUGCUUCCUUGCUCUUUCAUUCAAAAUGGUAUUCCUAGUUAAUCUGGGCUGGGUGUUCAAAGGCCUUCUGUGGCUAGCCACAUUUAAGUGGGUGGUGUACAGUUGGACCAGUGGUAAUAUUCCUGCGCUGUCCAAGGGUUAACUGAGGUCCUCUACCACUAAUGCAUUUAUGUGAUCUACAAGGGUUUCAUGAGGUGGUAAGUGGACUGUACCACAACAGAUUGUAGAUAGUGGAUCAUAACAAAAUUCCCUUCCCUUAAUCAUCAUAAUAUGUUUUGUGCAUCAGAAUCCAGCCUUAUCUCUGAUAUGCUUUUUUUUAUGUGCUUGAUUUUUCUAUUCUUUCAUGAAGAUAUGCAUACCUGCCAAGUUCCUGCCGGAAAAAUAAGGGAUCGGACCAGAAGUAGCACACCGGAAGUCGCGCUGCAACCAUUUUGGAACUGUCGCUUCUGAGCAUGCUCCGCCCAGUUCCAAAAUGGCCACCGCGCCAGAAUAAACCGGGGGGAAACAAAAAAAAAUCAGUUUUUUCAGCUGGAAAUGGCUGGAAAAAUGGGGGUUUCCUGGGGAAUACGGGAGACUUGGCAGCUAUGAAGAUAUGUUCAGCCAUGUGCUCUCAGUCUGAAAUGAAACAGUCCACUGCAGUUUUACCAGCUCUUCAGCUAUUGGUGUGAAUCAGACCUGAUUUUGAGACCUUUCGAAAAGUUUUUUCCACUACUACAUUAGAGUUAGAUAGAUAGAUAGAUAGAUAGAUGAUAGAUAGAUUUAUUGAUAGAUUUAUUGCAGCUUUAAGAUCAUAUACUACCACAUUAAUGCUCGAAACACAUUUUCCAAUGAUCUUGCACUCCAAAUGAGUACUCUCAAUCUUUUGACAUUGUAAGAAUCCAGUCUUAAUCCAGAUUGAAAGUAGACAAAAGAUGACUUCCAUUGAAGAGAAGUAACAACCUUCAUUAAUUUUUUUUAAAAAAAUCUGGCCACCAGCACACACACGCACACACACACACACACACACACCACCCCAUGUAAUAUGCCACACAUUGUAAUCUUGAUGACAAAGAGAAAUGUAUCACAGGACUGGUCACAAGCAGUAAAACUUGAAUUUAUGUGACUUUCUUGUAUAAAUAUAACCUGUGGUGUAAAUAUGAUAUGCAACUAGGAAUAACUGCGCUCCCUGGGUUAUUGGUUUAAGACUAUAUCUGCUAGAAAAAGCAGUCUGUCAUGUCACUUGAAUUUAUAGCAAAAUAAAAUGUGCAAGAUGGC